GAAUGAGAGUCUACAAAAUGGAAUUAAAAACAGAUAAGAGCAAGAAUUAAUGAAAAAAAAAAAGGGAAAAUUCCCACACCAGCAGCCUCAUGCGGCCAUAAUUGACCAACACUUGAGAGGAGGUGGAAUAGAGACAGCGUUACUGUUGCAUUUCAUUCCUUUUUCUGGUUUAUUGCUUUUCGCGUUUGCGAGGCGCACUCUCCUUCCUUUCUUCCUGCUUGUCACUUCCGUCCACAGAAAUGGAAGAUAGUGCCGUUUAUAACUCCGAUCAGAAGCCCACGAUCAUGGUCACCAACGACGACGGUAUUGACGCACCAGGACUCCGUUCUCUGGUUUGCGUCCUCAUCUCCACUGAUCGCUUCCACGUCCUGGUUUGCGCCCCUGAUUCGGAAAAAUCCGGCGUCAGUCAUUGCAUUACUUGGCGUCAUCCUAUUUCAGCUCGGCGAGUAGGCAUUGAUGGAGCAACAGCCUUUGCAGUUUCUGGCACUCCAGCUGAUUGUGCUUCUUUAGGAGUCUCCAAAGCAUUAUUUCCGUCAAUUCCUGAUCUGGUUAUCAGUGGUAUAAAUAUGGGGAGCAACUGCGGCUAUCACAUUGUUUAUUCUGGUACUGUUGCCGGUGCUCGGGAGGCCAUCUUUAAUGAUGUACCUUCCAUCUCCAUUUCAUAUGAUUGGUCUGGAAGUAAAAGCACUAUUCAGGACUUCACACUUGCAGCUGAAGCUUGCAUACCGAUCAUAAGUGCUGUUCUUGUUGAGAUUAGGAAUCAAAAUUACCCUUCAGGUUGUUUUCUGAAUAUAGAUUUGCCAACAAAUGUUGCUAAUCAUAAGCUGACUAAGCAGGGCAAAAGCAUUUUUAAGAUGGGGUGGAAGCAAGUUCCUUAUGGCACAGGAGGGAAAAUGUUAUCAACAAUGACAAUGGACACAAAUUCAGCUGCGCAAACAGAAACUGGUGCAUCAAAUGUAUCACAAGAACAAAUGUGGUUUGGAAGAGAAGCAAAGGGAACUCAAGUUGAUGAUGAUGAUACAGAUCAUAGAUUUCUUCAGGAAGGAUAUAUUACUGUAACUCCCCUUGGUGCCCUAUCCCAAGUGGAGACAGGCUGCCUAGAUUUCUUUAAUGAUUGGCUGCCAGGCGUGGUUGACCGCUCAUCUCCAUCAGCCUUAUGAGAACUGUUAUUUCGUGGCUGAUUGAAAGGCCUUUCAAAUUUGAAGCACUGGUGAAGAAUUCCUUUGGAUUCUUUUCAUAAGAGGGAAAGAUAUAUCAUCAUUCACAAGCUUCUUGCUUGCCACGUUAUCUUUUUUUAAUGUAAUUGUACUCAUUUUGCAGUUAGGAAUUUCAUGAAUUCCUAUCAAGAAAAAAAAAAAAAAAAUUAAGCAUGCCAUAAAAGCCUUUGUGAAACUCAUGGCUCCUGAUUUAUGGAGAAAGCCCUUGACCAAUUUGAUAAUAA